UCAAUUCAUCUUAAUUCUCAUGGUAUCUCCAAGGCAAGAGCCUGUCCUGUCCCACACCCACAUCUCCAUUAUGCUCAAACUCCUCAACAAGAACCUCCGUCGCCUCUGUUCCCACCUCCGGUGGCCACUCCGGCGCCGUUCCAAAUCCAAACUAGUCAUCAAGAGGUUCAUGAAGACCAUCCCAAAGCCUCAAAACGAAUCAAACAGUAGCAGCACGACCACAACCACCACCACCACCAAACCAAUACGAAUCGCAACGUUCAACGCUGCACUUUUCUCCAUGGCACCAGCGCUUCCCAAGGGAGACAAAACCACCACCUUUGACGACAAACUAGGAAGACCAAGAAGCAUUCUGAAACAAUCUCCACUACACCCUGCAGGUUCAGAAAACCUCGUCAACAAGCAGAGCAAGUACGCUAAGUCAAAGUUGAGAGUGUCCAUUAACCUACCCGACAACGAGAUUUCGCUGCUGAGAAACCGACAAUCAAGCUUCUCGGAACACGACAAAGAAGGGCCUUGGAGAAGGGUGAUGAUGAGUUUUGGUGAAGAGAGUCGACACGGUGGAAGAACAAGAACUGUGUUUGAAGUUCUGAGAGAGUUAAACGCUGACGUUUUGGGUCUGCAAGAUGUUAAGGCUGAAGAAGAGAAUGGGAUGAAGCCUUUGUCUGAUUUGGCUCAUGCUCUUGGUAUGAACUAUGUCUUUGCUGAAAGCUGGGCACCCGAAUACGGCAACGCCGUUUUGUCCAAGUGGCCCAUCAAACGAUGCAAAGUUCAGAAAGUUUUUGAUCACACUGAUUUCAGGAAUGUUCUGAAGACCACUAUCGAUGUACCCCAAGCAGGUGAACUCAACUUUUAUUGUACCCUCCUUGAUCAUCUUGAUGAGAAUUGGCGGAUGAAGCAAAUAAAUGCAAUAAUUCAAUCUAAUAAUGAGCCACACAUCUUAGCUGGAGGCCUUAAUUCACUUGAUGAAUCAGAUUACUCCCAAGAAAGAUGGACAGAUAUUGUAAAGUACUAUGAAGAGAUGGGAAAGCCAACUCCAAAGGUUGAAGUGAUGAAAUAUCUAAAGAGUAGACACUACACAGAUGCUAAGGACUUUGCAGGGGAAUGUGAGUCCGUUGUCAUGAUUGCCAAAGGCCAAAGUGUGCAAGGGACAUGUAAGUAUGGAACAAGGGUAGAUUACAUAUUAUCUUCCUCAGAUUCUCCAUAUAAAUUUGUUCCAGGGUCCUAUUUAGUCCUUUCUUCCAAAGGUACUUCAGAUCAUCACAUAGUGAAAGUUGAUGUGGUAAAAGUAAAUAACAAUCCUCAAGAAAAUCUGACAAAGAAGCAGCGACAACCAAGACAGAAAGUUGUGAGAAUUACGCAAUCAAAUCCAUCAAAAGGUAUUUGGAAAACACACAAUGGAGAUAUAGAUUGAACUCUUUACUUUCCUACUCAGUUUAGAUUAGUAAGGUUACAUUUAGGAGAUGGGUGCAGUUGGUUUUGUUCCUGCUUCCAGCUUCCUAUUAAAAAAAAUAUGAAAGAUAAG